ACUUGGAUAAAAAGGGGAGGUCCCUUGGACUUUCACUCAAUCAGCCUCUUCUUUCCUUUCUCUCUCUCUCCUCCGUCCUUUUCCUCUCUUUCUGCAAUGAAUUUCUUCAAAUCGGUCUUUGCAGACGACGAUCCAGAACCCGAUCCGCAAUCACCAACCUCAAAUCCACAAUCCCCAAACCCCGAAUCACAAUCACCCCAAUCCGAAAAUCAUCCCGCAACCCCUACAUGGGGGUUCGUCGGUGGCUUAAUCAAAACCUUCGCAACCAAAUCAGAAUCCGUCAUAGAAACCUACCGCCGGGAUUUACAGGAAUUUAGCUCCGGCCUCAAAAUGGAAACCCAGGUUUUCAAAGAAGUCGCAAGCUCGUCUCUCGAAGUUGGCGCUUCAAAGGCGCAAGAAUCGCUCGAAUCGGUCGGGCAAGCGAUUGAUAAUAUUGGAUCUGUUGUUUGGAAAUCUACGGCCCAGAUUAUUUCCCAGGGUUCAGAUUCCGAUCAAGAAUCCCAAGAUUUGAGUUUGCAUUCGAGUUCGAACACGAAGUUAGAUUUAACGGAUGGGAGGAAGUAUAGUAGGUUUGAUGCGCAGUUGCGGGGCAUUCAAUGUGACAUAAAUACGUACGUUGAGGAAUUUGAGGAUGAGGGUGAGUUUGAGAAGUGGAGAUUAUCGUUUGAUUUGGGGGAAAAAGGUGAGGAGAUGGAGAAUUUGAUGAGAGAGAAUGGGGUUAUGGAGGGGAUUUACAAGAGGGUUGUGCCGAGUGUUGUUGAUGACGAAUUGUUUUGGUUUAGGUAUUAUUAUAGGGUUCAUAAGUUGGAGCAAGCUGAAAGUGUUAGGGCUAAGUUGGUGGAACGAGCGAAUGAGGAUGAGGAGUUGAGCUGGGAUGUUGAUGAUGAAGAUGAAGAUGAAGAUGAAGAUGAAAAGGAGGAAGAAGAAGAGCAAGAGCAAGAGGAGGAGAAGGAGAAACCCGGAGCCGGGUUGGUAGACGAAUCGAGUCAGGUGAGCCCGGAUAAAGAGGCGAAAUCAGGAGGGGAUGAGGAGGUGGAGAAGAAGGAGAAGAAUGUGGAUGAGAAGACACCCUCAGAGGGGAGUAAAGAUAGUGAUAUUACAGUGGUUUCGAGCCAACCAGCUCGUGGGGAGGAUGAAGACGAUGAUCUUGGUUGGGAUGAGAUUGAGGAUAUUGGUAGUGAUAAUGAUGGGGAUGAAAAGAAAGGGAAGCAAAGUAGUCCUAGUAACAAGGAAGAAUUGCGAAAGAGGUUGAGUGUUGCUGAAGAUGAUGAUGAAGAUUUGAGUUGGGAUAUUGAAGAUGAUGAUGAACCAAUUAAGAAAAGCUAGAGAAGAAGGGUAUGUUACUUAGUAUUGGAUGUCAUGUAAUUGUUUAGUUUCAAAUAUAUGCCUAAGUUGAAUUCUUUUGUGUGGUUUUUAAGGUCAUUGUAUAAAGUAUCAAAAUUGGCUAAGACUGCUUUGUUCUAAUUGAUUUGAAAUUGAAUACUACGGAGUACAUUACAUUACA